AUGGAAGAAAACUUUGAAGCAGAUCCUGGAAUGAUUCAAGUAAUACAAGAUGCAAUGAGAAACAACCCUGAGACUGCAGAAGAGAAACUCAGAGAAUAUUUGGACAAGACAAGUAAAGUUCCUAUAAACAUAGCAGUCACUGGAGAUGGUGGUAAUGGGAAAUCAUCCUUUGUCAAUGCCUUUAGAGGAGUGGAUGACAAUGAUGACCAUGCUGCUCCUACUGGUGUUGACGAAACCACCAUGGAGGUAAAAGAAUAUCCCCAUCCAAACCAUCCCAAUGUCAUCUUUAGUGAUCUUCCUGGAAUUGGAACCACUAAGUUUCCAGCUUCAAAAUACUUAAAGCUUGUUGGAUUCAAGAAGUUUGAUCUCUUCAUCAUCAUCUCAGCCGGUCGCUUCACAGAAAAUGAUGCUAAACUUGCUAAAGAGAUCAAGAAAAUGGGGAAGAAGUUUUACUUUGUUCGCUCAAAAGUUGACCUUGAUUUACAAAAUGAACAAAGGAAACAAGACUUCAGCGAACAGAAGACUUUGGAAAAGAUCAGAGAUUAUUGUGUUAAAAGUCUCAAGGAACAUAAAAUUGAAUCUCAGCAGGUGUUCCUGGUUUCCAGCCAUGACAUUCAUCUGUAUGAUUUCUCUCUCCUACGAGACACCAUAGAGAGAGAUCUUCCUGAUCACAAGAAAGAUGCUCUGCUGUUAGCCUCACCUAGCAUAUUUCCAGACAUCAUCGAAAAGAAGAAAAAGUUUUUCCAACGUCAAAUAUGGUGUCUUACUGCUCUAUCUGGUGUUGUAGCAGCCGUUCCACUCCCAGGUCUUUCUGUUGCAGUUGAUUUGGCCUUGGUGGUUGGUGCUGUCACCCAUUAUGUCGUUGGGUUUGGGCUUGAUAUUCCAUCUCUUAGGAGGACUGCAGACAGAACAGGUAUACCAUAUGAUGAGCUGAAGGCUGUCAUCAAGUCUCAGUUGGCUGCUGAAGAAAUAACAAAAGAGCUCAUAACGAAGGUGAUUCUUCAACUCUCUAGCAGGGCUGCACUGAUGGUAGCAGAGGAAGUGUCCAGAUUUAUUCCAUUUGUUGGAAUUCCAAUGUCAAUGACAUUAUCAGCUGUGACGACCUACAAUCUUUUGAAGCUUUUCCUUGAUGUGCUCGCUGAAGAUGCUCAGAGGAUCUCUGACAGGAUCCUGAUGGGCUAA